AUGAUGCCCAGUGCCGACAAGCACGUACACAGCAGCUCGACGGCCGCGACCAGCAGCAUCAGCAAUAGUAUGCCCUUCAGCCCCGUACCGAGCCCCGCCGACGCUGCCGGCGCCGCGCUCUGGGAGAAUGAGGGCGCACAGCACUCCAUUAUGCUGCCGUACAUCCGCGAUCACGGCGAUCAGAUGAUGGCGCGCGUACGGCAAGAAGACCCACGCGUCCACUACGUGGCGCUCAAGCAGGUGAACGACGUAUGUCUAUACAAGCGCAUCACGCAGCCGCAGGAGACGUUCAAUGCGUCCAUGACCACGUCUCCGCUUGGAGCGUCGCUCUCAUCGUCUUUCUCGUCUUUGGCGUCGUCCUCAAGGCGCGGUAUCAGCAUCACAUGCGACCCUACGGAGAAUGCACUCUCACCUGGUGACUUCGAGUUCCGCGGCAUCACGCGCGUACCUGGCAGCGCCGACAUGGUACUGGACGUGCUAGCUAGUGAGUCUGCGCGUGAAAACUACUGGGUCGCGCUCAACACUAUGAAGGACGUUAAGGCCGCGGCGCUGCUCUCGACCGCGCGUCUACAGUCCCAGAUUUUUUCGACAUCAUCCAUCACUUCCGAGACCGACAUGGAUGCCACGGCUUUCCCGCGUUGGAGCCGCAAGUACACAGCCGCCAGGUUCUCCAAGCACAACUCCCAGACACUGGACUGCUGCUUCGCCGAGUACGCGAUGAGAUACACUGAGACUAACAAUGAAGGACACACGAGGAACCGUGGAUUCGUCUACCGUCGCUCAGUCUCGGAGCACGCGCUGAGUAAGACGUCCAGCGUAUCGGCGGAGCCGCUGGUCAAAGCGAAAGUUCAAGGAGCGGCGAGAUUCUUCAUCCGCGACUGGCUGUUCGACGUGAUUGAGACCCACGAGCCUUUAGUGUGCAAGUUAGUCUUGACCUGUACGGUGAUCGUCCCGCCGAUCUCGGGACGCGGAGCCACCGUGUCGAGAUCGGACUUCCGUGAGUUCUGCACCGAGCUGAUGGUGGGCGCGCGUCGUGCGCUAACCCACCAAUGGAAGGAUCACGCCGCUCAAGCUGGCGUACGGUCGUCUUCGUCCUGGCGACGGGAGACUCGCUGCUGUACCGUGUGUUCGUCGCAAUUCUCGCUACUACGGAAACGCCACACGUGCCGGUCGUGCGGGUCUGGAGUAUGCUCCAAGUGCUGCUUGAAGACUGCGCCUGCUCCUGUUCCUGACUUCAAUACAUCAAUGGGGUUCGGCGCGAGACCGCAACAACGCGGACAUAAGCGCGAGUGUCUUCUCUGCGCCCAAUUUGGCCCUGAGAAUGGUCUGCCCGCCCGCCCGGAUAGUCGUACGAGUAGAAGCCGCCACUUUUCAACUUCGAUCGCUUCAAUGUCUGCGUCCAUGUCACGAGGGUUUUCUUCGUCAAGAGGAGGAGCUCUGUUCGACUUGGAACAGGAAGAAAUCGACCAAGUGCAUCCGGAUCUAGAGCUGCGAUCCACCACGUCCGUCUCUGGCUCCAGACGUCGUUGUAGUCAACGGAGUGUAGGCAGCGUCGGCAACAUCAGUGACGACGAAUCGGAGGAAGACGUUCGGCCAUACACGCCGCGACUUGAUCUACGAGCGACAACGUCCAAACUUCUCACGGCGUCUACAGAUUUGACGCGUAGCUCGCGUAGUGGCCCCGGUAUCGUCCUGUUAUCGGAUCUCGAGACGCUGACGCUUUCAGGUAGUUUCCACCGCAUGUCUGCACGCUCAUCAGGUAGUUUGUCCGCGAGCAUAUCGUCGCGAUCACCGAUGGACGUGACGUCCAGGAUGCCAGCUAAGUCAUCCGCCGCGACUCCUGCCGCGUUGCAGCAGCGCCACGAUCGCACCGUGUCCGAAGACAAUGUACUGCUGUUGACAACUGUCAAGCCUCGCGUCGGCACGAGGGACAAAACGCAGGAGAGCAGUGCUAGUACCGUCGAAGACGAAGACGUAUACUCGGAAGACGACCUGGCCAACUUCACCCUCAAACUGCUAUAA